AUGUGGACCGUUAGAGGCGGUUGGAGAGCCGUUGCCGGAAGCCGGGCGGUCGCCGUGCACGGGGCGGCGGCUGCAGGGCGGCGAGGGCAGAAUCCCGCUCCCCUCCGCGUGGAUGGAGGCCUGUUCCUGCCGGGCUGCCCCGGGUGCCGGGCUCUCCGCUCCUCCGCCCCUCUCUGCGGCUCCAGGAACCUGCUGAGGAAGCUCCUCUACAAAAAGAAGAAGAAGUUUUGGUAUGAUAAUCCUACAUUGGGCUCCCAUCUGGUAAGAACAGGCAGACCAACCGGCUUGAACAAUGUUUUAAAGCAUACUCCAUCAAAAGUUAGAAAAGAAGAGAGCAUACGUAAGAGAACCCUAGAUGUUCUGUUGUACAAAGCUGUGAGAGAUAUUCUGAAUUCUUGUGAGGCUGGCGAAGAACUUUACAAUCUCAAUGUAGAACUGUCUAAGGGAUCCAUGGCACCAGAUUUUUCAACAUGUCGUAUGUAUUGGAAGAUUACUGGUGAUAGAGAACAGGAUGACCGAAUUGAUAUGCUUCUGCAGAAGAAGGCUUCGCAUAUAAGGCACAUUCUGAUUACAAAUCAGGUCAAAGGAAAUGUUCCUCCAAUAGUAUUUGUCAGAGACAGAACAGAUGCUGCAGUACAAGAGAUUGAGAGGUUAUUGGCAAUUGCAGAUUUUGGGCCUGAAGAAGAAGAAAAUGAAUUGGAUCAAAAUGACCUCAGCAAACAAGGAUCUGGCAAGACUCCUGUAUCUUUGGACACCUCGGAUUCUCCCAUCCUCUCUAACCUGUUUGGAAUUGAUCAUGAAGAUUUAAAUAAGCAAAUACUUGAAUACAAAACAAUGAAAAAGGACAAGGAGAUAGAAGGGGUUGGAUUGUCGGAGCAGCAGCAGGAGCAGCUGGCUGAGAUACGGAAGCAAAAUAAACUAAAGAAACUGAGAAAGAAGAAAGCCAGGAAGGCUUCUGAUGCUAUCACACCUGAGAAAUAUUUAAUUGACAAGUACAAUGAAGAUUAUUGGGACAGUGAAGAUGAAUCCCUCCAAGAAAGUGAACUGGAAUAUCAGUUACAGGAAAUAGAAAAUGAGCUGGAGGCAGAUAAUAGAAACACAAAGCUUAAGUGA